CCGCGGCCGGGGGCUUGAGAUAUGGCGUCCGCCCGCCUGGCACGGCUUCAUGGGCUUUUCGCUGCCUAUAAGCCCCCGGGGCUAAAAUGGAAGCACCUGCGGGAUACCAUGGAGCUGCAGCUUCUGAAGGGUCUCAAUGCUGGGAAGCCUCCUGCCCCUGAACAGCGUGUUCGGUUCUUGCUGGGCCCCAUGGAAGGCAGUGAAAAGAAGGAGCUGACCCUCACAGCCACCAGUGUGCCGACCCUCACCAGCCAUCCACUGGUACGUGGACCAGCAUUCACCAGUCUGAGGGUUGGUGUGGGACACCGGCUGGAUGCCCAGGCUUCUGGGGUACUUGUGUUCGGCGUGGGACAGGGACGCAGGCUCCUCACCGAAAUGUACAAUGCUCAUCUCACCAAGGCAGCCAGUGCUCCUGGUCAUGGGAACCCAGGCAGCCAUCUUGAAGGAGGCCCGCUGACUGGGAGCCAGGAUUACACAGUGCGUGGCCUCCUGGGCAAAGCCACAGAUGACUUCUGUGAAGACGGGCGGCUGGUGGAGAAGACGACAUAUGACCACGUGACCAGAGAGAAGCUGGACCGCAUCCUGGCCGUGAUGCAGGGCUCCCAUCAGAAGGCCCUGGUGAUGCACUCUAACCUGGACCUGAAGACCCAGGAGGCCUAUGAGAUGGCCGUGAGAGGCUUGAUCCGGCCCACGAACAAGUCUCCCAUGCUGAUAAUUGGCAUCCGAUGUCUCCACUUUGCACCUCCAGAAUUCCUCCUGGAGGUGCAGUGCAUGCACGAGACACAGAAGCAGCUGCGAAAGCUGGUGCAUGAAAUUGGCCUGGAGCUAAAGACCACCGCUGUUUGUACCCAAGUGCGGCGCACACGAGAUGGCAUCUUCACACUGGAUGAUGCCCUCCUGAGGACCCAGUGGGACCUACACAGUAUCCUGGAUGCCAUCCAGGCUGCUGCCCCCCGGGUAGCUGCGGAACUGGAGAAGAGCUUGAGGCCGGGGCUGGACACCCAGCAGGUCCCCAGUCCGCGCUGGCCUGGGGACUCGGAGGGCCCAAGCUCUGCCUUGGGGCUGGAGAGUGAUGUGGGACAUUGAAAGGCCACGCAGCUGCUGGGGCAGUGUGUGGAUAAAUAUAAGAACUGUAUGA